AUGGCUGCCGUCCGCGAGUGGUCCUGCACUCGCUGCACCUUUCUGAACCCCGUCGGCCAGCGGCAGUGCUCCAUAUGCGAAGCUCCCCGCCAGAAGCCUGACCUCAACCACAUCCUGCGGCUCAGCGUGGAGGAACAGAAAUGGGCUUGUGCCCGCUGCACCUUCAGGAACUUUCUGGGCAAGGAAGCCUGCGAGGUAUGUGGCUUUACCCCGGAGCCAGGGCCCAGCGGCUCGCCCUUGCCCGUCAUCAACGGCAUCUUGCCCAAACCCGCCGUGCUCGUGGAGCCCAAGGGCACGUCUAAGGAGGAGUCUGCCAAAGCAGAAAGCAGCAGCGAGGACUCGGAGGGGAAAAGCCCCGAUGAAGCCGAUCUGGAGAGUGGCUGGGCUUGUCAGCGCUGUACACUGCACAACACGCCAGUGGCCAAUUCCUGCUCUGCCUGUGGUGGCCCACGCAAGCUCUCCCUGCCCAAGAUCCCUCCAGAGGCGCUGGUCGUCCCUGAAGUCAUCACCCCUGCCGGAUUUCACAUGGCCCCCUCUACCCCGCAGCCUUUAGUCUCUGCAGAGAUCUCCGAUGGUGAUGCCGUGGCCACGCAGGGUCCAGUGGCUAUGGAACAAGAGGCCCAGAAGAUACCAGCCUUCAGUCCCUUCUCCCCGGGGCUCCAGAACAACCCUGUGCCCCGAAGCCGCCGGGCGGUCCAGCGGCAGAUGCCAGGCCCUGAAGCCUCCCAGCCCGUGGCUCAGAGCUCAGCGGGGCAGAAGGGCUCUCCGCAGGGUCAGGCCAGGGCUGCCCCAGCUGCCCGCUUCCAGGAGCUGCUGUCCAACAAGCGGCUGAGCGUGCUGGAGGAGGAGAUGGAGGUCAGUCCCUCCCACUGGAAGUGCAGCUCCUGCUCCCUGCUUAAUUCCGCCGGGGCCAGCAAAUGCGAGGCUUGCAAUGCCCAGAAAGGCAGUGACACCAUCAAUCUGGUGGGCGACUCGGUGAGAUUCACCCCCUGCAGCCCCUCCAGUCCUGACUUCACCACCUGGUCCUGUUCCAAGUGCACCCUCAAGAACCCCACCCUGGCCCAAAAAUGCAAAGCCUGCGGCUCCUCCAAGCUGCACGGCUUCCAGGAGCACGGGACGCAGGGUGAGCCGUCCUCCCGCUGCCCCGACUGCGGGGCUUGCGACAAGGGCAGCUGCUCCUCCUGCGGCAGCAGGGCUCCGUCUGCCCGCAAGGUCGCCCGUCUCUUCCCGUCCCAGCUGCCCACCAGCCAGGAGAGACCAGGCCAGUGGGCUUGUCCCGCUUGCACCCUGCUCAACGAGCUCAAGGCCAAGCACUGCGUGGCCUGCCAUACCCCGCAGCAGUACGUGGCCCAGCGCAAGGGCCUGAAGCCCCUGAAGAGACGGGAGAGCAUGCACGUGGAGAAGAGGCGGCAGACGGACGAGGGAGAGGCCAAAGCCCUGUGGGAAAACAUCGUGACCUUCUGCCGGGAGAACAAAGUCAAUUUUGUAGAUGACAGUUUCCACCCUGGGCCUAAGUCUGUGGGAUUCCCGGAAGGCGACAGCGUGCAGCAGAGGGUGAAACAGUGGCUGCGACCCCACGAAAUCAACUGUAGCAUCUUCAAGGACCGAUCGGUGAAGUGGUCGGUGUUUCGGACACCCAGGCCCUCGGACAUCCUGCAGGGACUGCGGGGAAACUGCUGGUAA